AUGCCGUACAAGGGCACAGGAAAGCUGCCCGGCAACCUGAAGGCGAAGAAUGCGCCGCUCGCCGACCAGCUCGCCAACGACAAGCUCGCGCAGGGCAAGGGCAGGACCAAGAAGCGCGAGCGCCAGCCCGAGGAGGAUGACUUCAUGACCGACGCCAUGAGCAACAAGGUCAUGCUCGCCGCGAGGCAGCAGCUCGAGGAAGACGACGAGGACGACCCGAUGGGCGCGGGCCGCGACGGAUUCGGGGUUCGCGCCGCGGGAGCCUUCGACGACGACGGCGACGGCGACGACGACCGCGCGGGUCCCAAGGGUGCCGAUGACGAUUACUACGAGGACAUCGAGAUAUCGCCGGAGGACGAGAAGGCGCUCAGCGCGUUCAUGGCGCCCAAGGCGAGCAAGGAACGGACGCUCGCGGACAUCAUCCUGGAGAAGAUCAAGGAGAAGGAGAGCGGCGGGCGCGGCGCGGGUGGCGCGGGCGGCGGCGACGACGACGACCUCGCGCCCGUGCCCGAGGGAAUCGACCAGAAGGUGGUUGACGUCUACCGGCAGGUGGGCGACUUACUCAAGCGGUACACCGUGGGCAAGAUCCCCAAGGCGUUCAAGAUUAUACCCGCGCUGAGCAACUGGGAGGAGGUGCUGUACCUCACCAACCCGGAGAAGUGGAGCCCGCACGCCAUGUUCCAGGCGACGAGGCUGUUCGCGUCAAACCUCAACGCGAAGAUGGCGCAGAGGUUCUACUCGCUCGUGCUGCUGCCGCGCGUCAGGGACGACAUCGCCGAGCACAAGCGGCUGCACUUCGCGCUGUAUCAGGCGCUGAAGAAGGCGACGUUCAAGCCCGCGGCCUUUUACAAGGGGAUACUGAUUCCCCUGUGCGCCUCGAGGACGUGCACGCUGAGGGAGGCUGUGGUGUUGUCGUCGGUGCUCACGCGGGGAUCCAUCCCGAUGCUUCACUCCGCCGCGGCGCUGCUGAAGCUCGCGGAGCUGCCGUACGCGGGCACCACGUCCUUCUUCCUCCGCGUGUUGCUGGACAAGAAGUACGCCCUGCCGUUCAGGGUGGUGGACGCGUUGGUGGACCACUUCCUCCGGUUCCGGAAAGAGUCCAGGCAGCUGCCGGUCGUUUGGCACCAGUCCCUGCUGUGCUUCGUGCAGAGGUACAAGCAGGAGAUCCGCGCCGAGGAUAAGGCGCUGCUGCGUAAGCUGGUGGAGGCGCAGCACCACUAUCAGAUUGGACCCGAGGUGAAGCGGGAGCUGAACCACGGCAGGUCGCGCGGGGAGAACGACGGCGAGGGGGCGAUGGACACGGACGAGCCGGGGGCGAAGAAGAAGGCAGUCUUCGGCGGGUUCGCGGCCGGGGUUAAGCAGGUGAAGGCGGUCGAGGAGAGCAUCAGGGACAUGCCGGAGGUGCGCAUGAUGGACGACGAUAACUACUGA